GCUCCUGCCCCUUCUCGCCCCCUUUCCUUCUCUCUCCACCCAUUCCUUCCCUGCCCACACUCUUCAUCCCCUCGGUUCCACCUCGCUCCUCACCCCAUUCCCUCCUGCGAGUGUUCUCCUCUUCCCUUCCCCUCCUCAUGCCUCCUUGACCUCUCAGCCCUCCUUGGCCCUCUCCCCUCGCCCACUGGCAGGCCCUGACCUUUGAUCUCCUCUUCCACGAAGCACCCCCACCCCCGUGCCCCGUUUUGGGAAAGGGCUCAGGUCCCCAUACUUGGAGAGGAGGUUUGGGAAAGAGAGAGAGAAACCCAGAAACCCAAAGACGUUGGAGAGGAAGAGCAAGCCACGCAGACAUUCACAGGCACUGAAAGAACAAGAAGUAACACAUCUCUGGUCCUUCCCUUUGCGAAAAACAGAUUCUCUGCUCCUUGGAAACAAACAAACUAACAAACCCUCACUUGCGAAAAUGGCACCUAGCACCAGCUACCAGUGCCAAACACCUGAGAGUCAUUCCUCUUGACUCUUUCCUCAAACCUACACCCCAAUUCAACGUCAGUCCUGUCUGAUUCACCUUCUAAAGAGAUAUUUCAAUCCACCGUCCUGCCUCCUCCUCUGGCCCCCACCCUGGUUCUAUCGGGCAUCAUCUCCCACCUGAACCAUCAUAGCAGCCCCUUCCUGGUCUCCUGGCUCAGGCCCCUACCCUAGGUCUCUUCCCCACUCCCCCACUAGGCAACCAGAGGGAAGCUGUCAUGACACCUGAGUCAGAUCACAUAAACGCCAAAGUCCUAAGUCCUCACCAGCCUACACAGCCUGGCUCUCAUCUUUGAUCACUCUUGCUCUAGUCACUCUGGCUUCCACCAGUGCAUUUGCCAUACUUCAGCCACAGGGCCUUUGCGCUGCCUGUUCCCUCUGCCUGGAAUACUCCCCCAGGUAUCCCAACAGCUUACUCCCCUUCUUCAGGUCACUGCUCAAAUGUUUCCUCAGUGAGAUGGUCCCUGACUACUAUUAUUGCAACCCCCAUCCUCCCUACCUUGCUGUACUUUUUCCAAGAUGUUUAUCACCACCUAACAUAUAAAAUGUACUUAGAUCUUAUGUUUAUAGCAAUCCUCCCCCACUAGAAUGUCAGAUCCUCAGGGGCAGGGACUUUGACUUUGUCUUGUUCACUGCUGUAUCACUCACACCUAAACCCUAAACAGGAACCAGUCACAUAGUGGUCACAAGCUUCAGAAUUUGUUGAAAAAAAUAAAUCGAUUCAGAAAUGGGGAGAGAAAGAGAGAAAACUCCAAGACACACACACACAAAAAAUAGUAACUGUGUGAAGUAAUGAUGUUAAACAUUGUGGUAAUUAUUUCACAAUUUAUACGUAUCUAAAAUUAUUAUUUUGUACACCUUGGACUAAUACAAUGUUAUACGGCGAUUACAUUUCAAUAAAACCUGGGGGGGGGGGGGAAUCCAAGACAGAAAAAGAUGGAGAAGGAGACAGUAUCACAUAGGCAGUUUGCUGAGGACCCACAGCCUGACACAUCUACAAAAGUCUUAAACUGAUUUGCAGACUCAAAUUCCCAGGCAUCUAAGAGGCAAUACCACCCCCUGGUGACCAAGAGGAAAACGGCACCUCCCCACAACAGAGAACACUCCCUAACAGAUCGUCACCAUAGUCCCAGGAUUCCUCCCAGCUUAAAAAUUCAGGAGACCGAAACGUUUAUUCUUUUAACUGAUGUAGAUGUUCGGGUUGAUUAAUAAGAUGCAUAAAUUUAUAAAAACCGGUAAGAGAAAACUAAAGUGCUCCAGGUGAGGAUCGAACUCACAACCUCGGCAUCGCUCCGCUUGCACUGUUAUAUAAGUACCGCGCGCUAACCGAUUGCGCCACUGGAGCUCCGGCCGCACCCUUGCGCCGCGGGGUCUUUCAGUCAUUCCGGGCCACGUGACCUCGAUGGAUUGCUCCGCCUUGUCUUUGCAUAUACAAAUAGGAAUUUUUGGAUUGGCCAGUCGGAGAAAGUGCGUUACCAGUUCCGGAUUCUCACGCCUGGAAGGCUCUUGCUGUAAAAGGGAAAAGUCCGCGAGGCUUUUGGAAUGUGGGGGUGUAGCCUGCCUGGGACUCGCCUUCUCAUGAAUAUUCAGAAACCAGAGAGGAGGGGUCUUAACCCUUCGCUGGCUGGCCGGCCGGAAGGCGGCCCCUCCCCCCCGCGGGCGGGAACAGGAUAUGAGCCCGGGCGGCUUGGGGGAGGGGAAGCCCCAGGCGACCGCCCCCCGCCCCACUGCUGGGACCGGGCUCUUCAGCCGCAGAUGUAUGUGGCGCCGCCGCCGCUAGAGCCGGCGCCACCCAUCCCGGAACCUGAGGGGUCCACAGUCGCAGACUCCAGCCUCCCGAAACUGCACCGCGUUCUGAGGGACCCCGAAGCCCAGGCCCCAGCGUCCAGGCUAGAGGACCCCAGAUAUCCAGGUGCCCAGCGCCCCCUCCUGGAGGAGCUAGGAGUCCGGGACAUCAGCGCCGCGCGACCCUGGAGGCCGAGCUUCCUGCACCCGGUUUCCAAGAAUUUAGGAUCCCAGACCGGAGAUUCCCUCCAGAGUUUCCCAGAAAGCUGAGACCAAGACUCCCGGGGUUUGAGGAACUUGGGAUACGGACUCCUAGCGCCCCAUCCAGCCCGUUUGGGGCUGAAGCGCCCGCUACUUCAAGAGGACCCUGGAAUUUGGGGCUCCCUGCGCUCCCUCCUGGAGGUGGUUUAUCCCUGCUCUUAGAGUUAGGGGAGCUCAGGAAUCCGGGCCCCCCACCCCACGGCCCCAUCUAGAAGACUCAGGAAUUUGGGUUCCCAGCACCCCCAUCUGAGACUCAAGAGUCGAGGCCCCCAGCAUCUUCCAUUUAGAGGACCAAAGAAAUUUGGACCACUGCACCCCAUUCUCCGAGAGACCCCGGAUUCUGGUUCCCGGAUCCUGAGAGCCCGAAGUUCAAACCCCUGACUUGCAGAGACGCAGGAGUCCCGGCUCUGCGCCUCCCCGGGGACCGUGCUAGGGUCGAAUAGGAACUGGGCUGCCUCGGUUCGGGGCUGGAGACUCCCCGGGAGGGGGUCUUUCUGCAGAAGCCGCUGAGCCACUCAGCCAUGCCCGAAGGAGCCCGUGGACUGGGCCUGUCCAAACCCAGCCCUAGCCUCGGCCGCAGAGGUGAAGUGUGUGACUGUGCGGCUGUGUGUGAGACUCGGACAGCAGCCCCUGCAACCCCCGCCAUGGCCUCCCCCCGAGGUUCUGGGAGCUCCACAUCCCUGAGCACAGUGGGCUCAGAGGGGGACCCGGCUCCGGGGCCCACACCAGCCUGCUUGGCCUCCAGGCCAGAGCCCCUUCCAGGGCCCCCCAUCCGCCUGCAUCUGUCGCCCAUGGGGAGCCCGGCUUCGGCGAAACCCUCGAGGCUGGAGCGUGUGGCCCGUGAGAUCGUGGAGACGGAGCGGGCCUAUGUCCGGGACCUCCGCAGCAUCGUGGAGGACUACCUGGGCCCUCUGCUGGACGGCGGGGUCCUGGGGCUGAGUGCGGAGCAGGUGGGCACGCUGUUUGCCAACAUUGAGGACAUCUACGAGUUCAGCAGCGAGCUCCUGGAGGACUUGGAGGGCAGCAGCAGUGCCAGGGGCAUCGCCGAGUGCUUCGUGCAGAGGAGCGAGGAUUUUGACAUCUACACGUUGUACUGCAUGAACUACCCGAGCGCCCUGGCCCUGCUCCGGGAGCUGUCAGUGUCUCCGCCAGCAGCCCUGUGGCUGCAGGAGCGCCAGACCCAGCUCCACCACUCGCUGCCCCUGCAGAGCUUCCUGCUGAAGCCUGUUCAGCGCAUCCUCAAGUACCAUCUGCUGCUGCAGGAGCUAGGCAAGCACUGGGUGGAGGGCCCAGACGCCGCGGGCCGCGAGAUGGUGGAGGAGGCUAUCGUGUCCAUGACAGCGGUCGCCUGGUACAUCAAUGACAUGAAACGCAAGCAGGAGCACGCUGCGCGCCUCCAGGAGGUGCAGCGGCGGCUGGGUGGCUGGACCGGUCCGGAGCUCAGUGCUUUUGGCGAGCUGGUGCUGGAGGGUGCAUUCCGAGGUGGUGGAGGGGGCGGCCCCCGACUUCGAGGGGGUGAACGGCUGCUCUUUCUGUUCUCACGGAUGCUGCUCGUGGCCAAGCGCCGGGGACCAGAGUACACAUACAAGGGCCACAUCUUCUGCUGCAACCUGAGUGUGAGCGAGAGCCCUCGAGACCCUCUAGGGUUCAAGGUGUCGGAUCUGACCAUUCCCAAGCACAGGCACCUGCUCCAGGCCAAGAACCAAGAAGAGAAGAGGCUGUGGAUUCACUGUCUCCAGCGCCUUUUCUUUGAGAACCACCCCGCCUCCAUCCCUGCCAAGGCAAAACAAGUUCUCCUUGAAAACAGCCUGCACUGUGCUCCUAAAAGUAAGUCUAUCCCAGAGCCCCUGACACCUCCACUUGGGUCUCCCCGACCUCGAGAUGCUAGAAGUUUCACCCCUGGACGAAGGAACACAGCUCCAUCUCCAGGACCCGCCACUACCCGCCGUGGCCGCAGACAGUCUGAGCCCCUGAAGGACCCUUACGUCAUGUUUCCACAGAACGCUAAGCCUAGACUCAAGCACACUGGCAGUGAGGGGGAGCUCUACCCACCCUUAGAGCCUCUGCCACCAGUUCCAGCUUCUGAACCCCCUGAGGACCUGGAGGACACUGGGCCCCCCACGCUGGACCCCUCUGGGACCUCAAUCACUGAAGAAAUCUUGGAGCUGCUGAACCAAAGAGGCCUCCGGGAUCCAGGGUGCCCACUACAGCCACCCCCCCAUGACAUUGCCAAGUUCCCCGGAGACUCCCAGGUGCCAGGCGACAGUGACACCCUCACAUUCCAAGCCCUGCCCAGCCGGGACUCUUCAGAAGAGGAGGAGGAAGAAGAGCUGGAUAUGGAUGAACGGGGCCCUUCCCCACUCCACGUCCUAGAGGGGCUCGAAAGUUCCAGUGCGGCUGAAAUGCCUGACAUUCCCAGCCUUUCCAAAAAUCCUGAUGUACCCAACCUCCCUGAAAUUCCCAGCCUUUCUGAAAUUCCCCAAAUGCCCCGCCUUCCCAGUCUCUCUGACGUUUCCAGUGUGUUUGAAAUGCCCUGCCUUCCAGCCAUACCCAGUGUCCCCGACAUUCCUAGUCUUUCCAACGCUCCCACCCUCCCCUGUGACUCCUGGCUCCAGGGACCUCUGCAGGAGCCGGAUGAGGCUCUAGCCGCCAGGAGAGAACUCUUCCCUGGAAGCAGUUCUGGAAAACUGGGAGAGCCCUCCUCAGAAAGCAGGGCAGGGCAAGAGGAGGACGAAGGAGUAUCAUACCCAGAUUUCCAGCCCCGGGAUGUCACCCAAGAUCAGGGAUUUCCGGAUGAGCUGGAGUUCCGCUCUUGCUCAGAAAUCCGGAGCGCCUGGCGGGCACUGGAGCAGGGGCAGCUGGCCCGGCCAGGUUUCCCAGAGCCACUGGUGAUCCUGGAAGAUUCAGAUCUAAGUGGAGGCAGCGGAAGCGGGAAGGCAGGAGCCCCAACUUCAGAGAGGUCAGCGUCCCGAGUGCGAGAGUUGGCCCGGCUUUACAGCGAGCGGAUCCAGCAGAUGCAACGGGCUGAGACCCGGGCAUCAGCCAACGCCCCCCGCCGCCGGCCACGGGCUCUGGCCCAGCCGCAGCUGUUGCCCUGCCUGCCCCGUGAGCAGGCUGAGCCAGGGCCCCUGCCUGCCUUUGGACACGUGCUCGUAUGUGAGCUGGCCUUCCCGCUGACCUGUGCCCAGGAAUCUGUCCCACUAAGCCCUGCUGCCCGGGUUCAAGCUGCCACAGCUGUGACUAAGCAGGGAGGCUGCCUGGACGGCCAGGGUCUAAAUGUUUCAAGUUUGCCUGAGCAAGACCAUCUGGGCAUCCAGGUUCCAGCUGCUACCCCUCUGCCUGAGCAAGGAGGCCUCUGGAAUAUCCGGAUUCCAAACACCACACCUUUGCCCAAGCAGGAAGGCCCCCUCAACAGCCAGCUGCCAGCUAUUACAACUUUGCCGGAUCAAGAAGGCCACCCGGAAAUCCAAGUUCCAGCUGCCACUCCUUUGCCCGAGCAUAGAGGCCAUGUGGAUAUACCAGUUCCAUCUACCACCUCUUUUCCUGAGCAAGGAUGCCACGUGGACAUCCAAGUUCCAAUCACCCCAGCUUUGCCUAAGCAGGGAAGUUGCUCUGAUGUCAUGGUUUUAGCCGCCACUCCUACGUCCAAGCGAGAAGGCCACCUGGACAGCCAGAGCCCAACCAACACCCCGUUAACUAAGCAAGGAGAUUCUAGGGAUGUUCAGUUCCCAGCCACUGCCUGUGGCCAAGCCGUCGAUCCUUUGCUUAUACACAGAAGCAGCCUAGACCCUCAGAUCCCAGCUGACACCCCACUGCCCUUGCAACAUGACCUCCCCGACAUUCAAGUUCCGGGUACCUCACUUUUGCCUGCACAUGGAGGCCACCUAGACCAUCAGACCCCAGCCAACACUCUGCCGUCCUUGCCCCAGGACCUCCCACACUUUCAGGUUCCAGCUGCCACACCUUUCCCGCAGCCACAAGGCCUCACGGACACCCAGGUCCAAGCCCUCCCACCUUUGCCCCAGCAGGGAGGCCUCCCAGACGUCCAGGGUCCAGCUGCUGCGCCCCCGCUUGAGGAGCAAAGCCUCACAGACCUCCAGGUUCACAAACUGACACCUUUGUUGGAGCAGAAGAGCCUCACCAACGACCAUGUUCCAGCUGCCGCUCCUCUGCUUGAGGAGCAAAGCCUCACAGACCUCCAGGUACACAAACUGACACCUUUGUUGGAGCAGAAGAGCCUCACCAACGACCAUGUUCCAGCUGCCCCACCUUUGCCAGAGCGAGGAGGCCCUCGGGACAUUCAGGGCCUGUUACCCACCCGAGUCCAGACCACGGUGGUUUUGUCUAAACAAGGAGGCCACGUGGUCUCUCAUGUUGCCAGGUCAGAGUCUUCAGACUUGAGCCCAUCCCACAGUCCCCCACUCGCAACCCGGCAGCUCCUGGGCUCCAACGCAGCUGCCCUCUCAAGAUACCUGGCAGCCUCAUACAUCAGCCAGAGCCUGGCGCGGCGGCAAGGGCCUGGAGGAGAGGCUCCCCCAGCCGCCCGGGGCCCUUGGUCCUCCUCUGCCCCCACGUCACGGGCACCUUCACCGCCACCCCAGCCUCAACCCCCAGCGCCCCCAGCCAGGAGGCUCAGCUAUGCCACCACGGUCAACAUCCAUGUCGGGGGUGGCGGGCGGCUACAGCCGGCCAAGGCCCAGGUCAGGUUGAACCACCCUGCUCUCUUGGCAACCCCCCAGGAAUCGGUGGGCCUUCGCAGAGCCCAGGGGGCUCCCGAUGCCCCUUUCCACAUGUGAGCCAGGAUGUCGGGCUUCUUGAAAAGCAGAGACUUCAACCAGAUGCCACAGACCCUCAGAAUUCACCCAGAAGUCCAGACGCUGAACACAGGUCUAAAAAUUGCCACAGCUUUCCAACACCUGGAGUCUUCGGCGAAUGGUCCUUAUUACUUAACCUGGAUUAACCCAACAGGGAUGGGGAAGGGGAUGUCAUUAAUAUUUUGUUAAUUAAUAUUAUGAAAUUAUGUAUCUUUUCCCAUUCUGGGGGCCAUGGGGGAUGACAGAAGACAACAAUGAAUGGGAAGGUCUGAUACAGCACGAAUUAGUCGUUCUGAAAAUUCGGGGAAUCUCAAACUCCUUUGAGAAUUACUGAAGACUGGACCCAUUACAGUUUGGUGUAUGAUUUUAGAGGGUUUAUGAACUGCUUGAUGCCUAUCCAGGAAGGCCAAGUUAAGAAGCUUUUUCCCAAGCAGAUCCCUCAAAAUUCAUUCCCUUAGCAGUUUAUCCAGUUGAUGUGUCCCACCAUCAUCUAUUCCUCUCAUCUACUUAGCCAAUUCUAUCCACCCAGCUAUCUCUCCGUCAUCUCCCUCUGUCCAUCUGUCUUCCAAUCCAUCAUUCCCACCCAUAUGUCUUGCUUUAUUCAACUUUCUCUACCCUAUUCAUCCAUCAUCCUACCCCACCCCCCAUCUAGCACCCGUUCCUCCGUCAAUCCACUCAUCUAUUCCACAUGUCCAUCUUCUCCAACCAACUCUCUCCAUUCAUCCAUUUGUCCCUCCAUAUUCCCACCUAUGUCCAUUCAUUCAUACAUCUGAUCACUCAACCAUCGCCUAAUCCGUCAAGCCAACCGUCCAUUUAACCAUCUCUACCACCAUCCAUCCAACCAUUUUAAUCUCUUUCCAUCCAUCCCUCCUUAAUUGGAUUCUUCUGGGUCUUGGUACUACAAAAUUUCAGAGACAGUUCCCUGCUAACGCCAAAAUGGAUCAGGUUUGGGGUUCUGGCAGAAGUGUCCCACAUCUGCCUUAUUUCUGUUGGCAACCACUCUCCACCCUCCUAAGUAUUCCAGUUCUUGUACCCACCCAUCGAAUUCUUGUAUCAGAUCUCUCUACCCCGUGUCUCUAGUUGGGGACCUUUACAGUGCCUCAAUAUGCCCCCACACCCCAAAGUAAUUCAGGUCUUAGGGACAAAGGCUUUUAUAUUAAGAUCGUUCUGUCCCCCUCCCAGCAGUGGUGUGCCCAGUGGGAAGCACAGUUUAAGCAGUUUCUUUGGUAACAUUCACUGCUUUUAUUGAACACUUAAUUUCUUGUGCUUUAGAGCAUCAUCUAUUUAGUCUUCCCUGGAAUUCUCUGAGACACCACAGCAUCAUGGCUGAAUUGAAGUCCCAGCUUUUCUAGUACUUGGUGUGUUAACUUCCCUCCGAGCCUGGGUUUCCUCAUCUGUACAAUGAGGACAGCAAUAUCUGCCUCGCAGGAUUAUCGUAAAGUUUCAGUGAGCGUAUCCUUACUUCCCAAAUGUGUUUAAGCCUGACUCACCGAGGCACUGUUCAAAUCAGAUGCCCCAGGAUCUAGUCCCAACCCAUGGAAUGAGAACCUCCAAGGCAGGAGCCUAAGAAUCUGGUUUUAACAAUCAAUUAACAACAACAACAAAAAAUGCUAUUAUUGAGUGCUAACUGCAUACCACAGGCAUUAAUCACUUUAUUUGAACUCAUUCACUUUGAGUCCUCACAACAUCCCUAAAAGGCAAGUGAGGAUGAUUUUUACGCCCCGCUUUAGAGAUGAGGAAACUGAGGCACAGAGAGGAUAAGGGACUUGCCCAGUCAAACAAGUGGGAAGGAGCAGAGCUGGGACUCAUCCACGCUGCCAAGCCCGUCGGCACUUUUACUUGAGUGUGUCAGGCGCUAUCCUUGUCACUGGGGGCACAACAGCGAACAAUUCCUUGCCCACAAGGGGCUUGUGGCCUGGUGCUCCAAAGGCCCUAGGUAAUUGGUCAUUAGCUGGGGAAACUGAGUAAGUCCUGGCUCAAUAAGUGUUAGCUGCUGGCUUCUAUUCAGUUAUUGUGUGGUUACCAUGCCACACACCAGGGCCUAGGCCGAGUUGGGCUUCUUGGCCUGGACCUGCUCCACUGCAGCCUCCCAACAAAGGUCAGGACUGAGGCUGGCCCUCCCCUCUUCCGCCCCCGGCUGCACAUUCCCAGCUGAAAGAAAGUUCCCAGCCUGGCCUGGGCGCCCAGCGGUGCCGGAAUUCCCGGUAUUUGAGGAGGCAGCAGGGAGGAAGAAGGCUGUCUACUCCAAGGCUUGGAGUGAGGACGGAGAGGCAAGCCCCCUCGGCCACUCCAGAUGCGUCCCAGCUGUGCCUCUGCGAGGGGCUAGGAGUCUCAGUAAGGGGGUCUCUGGACCCCGUGGGAAAACCCUGGGCACUAGGCCUGCCUCGGCCCCUCCUACUCCCUGCCCCUGAAUUCCAUUCCUCCUGCCUGCCCAACUCCUACCUCUGCUUCAUGACCCCAGCUCCAACGCCUCCUCAGGAAUACCUUUCUUGCUGGUCUACUACAGCCUGCCUUUUGUAAACUGUCUUUAGAGCUGCAAUUAAGACAGGCUUGAAAAGCGAAAGGGCAGCUGUCCACUGCCUUCUUUGGGACACUGCUGCCCUCCUUGGGAUGUUUAGAUUAAUGCCAGCCAAACCCAGUUAACCCGAGUUAACUCCAGCUCCAAUGCAAAACUUGGUGAGGUAGUUGUUUAGCCACUAGGCUUUCUCACCAGCUAACACAAAGACACCUGCCUGUCACCAACCUCACAGGGAUGUUGUAAACACUUAGCCUGGCAACCAGCUGGAGCUCAAUCAACCCCACUCUCCAUCUGUAAGAAGCACUUUAUUUGUAUGUUUUCUCUGUACACCAGUGCUGUCCCACAGAAUUUUCCUGUCAGUGACAGUGUUCUCAUGGGUGCAGCCCAGCUUGGCGGCCACACGUGGCUACGGUUUUGGUAGGGCAGACAUACAAAAAGGGCAACUAGUGAGUAAAUCCCAAGGUCCUUUUAUAAAGAAAAUUUGUGAAACUA